AUGGAUUUCCAAAGCACCGUUAGUGGCCCCGGUUUUGUCGCAGCACGUCCCAGUCCCACGUCUCUGCAGCAGAAACGAAAGCUGAGAAAAGAAAAGGCUUUUGGGGAUGAAAGGCCUCUCCCCGCGAGCAGGAUCAACCUCACAGAGCACCCCAGGACCCCCACACAGCACCCCAAGACCUACAUACAGCACCCCAAGACCUACAUACAGCACCCCAAGACCUACAUACAGCACCCCAAGACUCACAUACAGCACCUCAAGACCUACAUACAGCACCCCAAGACCUACAUACAGCACCCCAAGACUCACAUACAGCACCUCAAGACCUACAUACAGCACCCCAAGACCUACAUACAGCACCCCAAGACCUACAUACAGCACCCCAAGACCUACAUACAGCACCCCAAGACCUACAUACAGCACCCCAAGACCUACAUACAGCACCCCAAGACCCACAUACAGCACCCCAAGACCCACAUACAGCAACCCAAGACCUACAUUCAGCACCCCAGGACCCCCACACAGCACCCCAAGACCCACAUACAGCACCCCAAGACCUACAUACAGCACCCCAAGACCUACAUACAGCACCUCAAGACUCACAUACAGCACCCCAAGACCUACAUACAGCACCCCAAGACCUACAUACAGCACCCCAAUACCUACAUACAGCACCCCAAGACCCACAUACAGCACCUCAAGACCUACAUACAGCACCCCAAGACCCACAUACAGCAACCCAAGACCUACAUUCAGCACCCCAGGACCCCCACACAGCACCCCAAGACCCACAUACAGCACCCCAAGACCUACAUACAGCACCCCAGGACCCACAUACAGCACCUCAAGACCUACAUACAGCACCCCAAGACCUACAUACAGCACCCCAAUACCUACAACAGCACCCCAAGACCCACAUACAGCACCUCAAGACCUACAUACAGCACCCCAAGACCCACAUACAGCAACCCAAGACCUACAUUCAGCACCCCAGGACCCCCACACAGCACCCCAAGACCCACAUACAGCACCCCAAGACCUACAUACAGCACCCCAGGACCCACAUACAGCACCUCAAGACCUACAUACAGCACCCCAAGACCUACAUACAGCACCCCUGGACCCCCACAGAGCACCCCAGGACCUACAUCAGUCUGA